CGCCGAAUAUUCUCCGGUGACUUCGAUCGGCUUCGACAGAGGGUGGAGGGAUGCCUUGCCACUUUGGGAGGAGGAGGGGGCGUUUGGACGUCACGUGCCUCUUUCCACGCAUGCCGGCGUCAGUGUAAGUACCUCCAUCAACGAAUCAAAGGGCGCGCCGUCACGUUGAGGCCGCAGGUUUGCAUGUUUGAUUCCUCGGUCCAAUUUAUCGGCGCGGCUCUCGAACGCGCUUGCUACCGCUGUGCCGGUUGUCGUCACGGCUGUUUGCAUUCUUUCAUUUCUCUCUCUCCCUCUCUGUAUCGUCACUCGCUUUAACGCAGACCAUCGAGUUCCGUACAAGAUGAUGAAGCUCUAUGACGCCGACACUCCAGUGUCAAGGCCGGUUUUAACGAAGGUUGCGGGCCGCUUAGGUGAGGUAAGCGAUCCGAAAGAAGAACCACAGAGCGGCGGGAUAUUUGUGGAAAGAAGACCUCUCCUUUCGUUUUUUUUUUCUUUCUUUUUUCUUUUUGACCGUCUGCCUAUUAAGCAGAUGCAGUGCGUACAUUCCUAGCACCCGCGCCUGGCCAGCCACCUCGUGAUUUGUCAUUGAGAUGUGAUGCGGCGAGCGCGAGAGGUGGUUGUGCGUAAUCUCGGAAAAAGAUCAGACGUCGCGAGCGCGUAGGUAAAAAAGCGCCGCGGUCUCGACAGUGUAGUUUUAAGCUUCGACUCUCUCAUUUCGCUCGCGUCUCGCUCGCAGCACGAGUAUCCCAUAUCGAGCAGGCGAGCGCAAGCAAAGGGCCCGACGAAGUGAAGCUCGACUUGGUGCAUAUCGCGUCGAAGACUCGCUGAUACCGUCUGGAGGAAGAGAGUUCCUGCGGCAGCAUGGACCCCGCGAAUGCCCUGUGGCAGCUGGUUGCUGCUUCCAUCCUGCUUUACCUGGUUCACUGGUACAUGAAGAGGAAACAGCAUUUCAACUACUUCAAGGAUCUCGGCAUUCCAGGGCCGGAGCCAAGCAUCAUCACCGGCAACAUGAGCGAACUGCGAAAGAAGACACCUACCAUGGCCUAUAGGGAAUGGAUAGAGAAGUACGGUAAAGUAGUGGGGUACUUCAACGGCUACCGUCCUGUGCUGCUCGUCGCUGACCUGGAUUUGCUCAAGAUGGUUCAAGUGAAGGACUUUCAAGAUUUCAUUGACAGAAGUCUUCUCUUCCAAUCCAAACGGCCACCGAGUCCUCACAACAAGUCUCUGAUCCAACUAACGGGCAAGCGCUGGAAGGAAGUACGCAGCGUGCUCACUCCCUCCUUCACCACCAACAAGCUCAAGAUGUUGGCUCCUGGCAUGGUGUGCAGCGUAAAGGAGUUCGAGGACAAGAUCGCGGACUAUGCACGCUCCGGCGAGGAGUUCGAGAUCGGCGACCUGUACCAGGCGAUGACGUUGGACGUGAUCUGCCGCAGUGCCAUGGGCAUCGAGUACAACAUCCAGCAGAACCCCAAGCACAGCCUGCUGAUCAGCAGCCGCAUCCUCUUCAGCGGCACCUUCUCGUGGCCCGCCGUGCUGCUCGCCUCAUUUCCCGAGAUGGAUUCCAUACUGAAAUACCUCUUCGAGUGGUGGCUCACCAGAAUCAACAACGGCGUUAAUCCCUUCGAGGAAGUCCAGAAAAAAUGCGGAAACAUCGUCAAGCAGCGCCAGAUCAACAACUCGGCCCCACAAAAGGACUUGCUGCAGCUGAUGAUCGACGCCAAGUCAUCCAACGUCGACGUCGGAAGCGUCACCUCGGACCAGCUCACGGCCGCCGACGACAACGAACACGAACUCAAGCAGAGUGCAUCACCCUCGCCGAACGGUCUCUCGUACUCGAGCAGGACGGUCCUGGACGACGACGACAUCACGCAGAACGCUUUUCUUGUCCUCGUCGGAGGGUACGAGACAACGAGCAACACGCUCACGCUCGUAUCCCACAUGCUGGUGAACUACCCCGAGGUCCAAGAGAAAGUGCGACAGGAACUGCUGGCUGCACUAGGGCCGGACGAGGAGAUCAGUUACAACACGAUACAGAAACUGACCUACCUCGACUGCGUCAUCCAGGAAACCAUGCGGCUGUACCCACCCAUAUUCGGGUUCGUCACGAGAGAGGCGGUGGUAGACAAGCAGUACGGGAAGCUGAAGAUUCCUGCCGGCACGGCGGUGAUGGCCGCUACCGAGUACAUCCACCGUGACCCCUGCAACUGGGAAAAGCCGAACACGUUCGACCCCGAGAGGUUCCUUCCUGAGCGGCGCAAGGGCAAGAACCCGCUCGCUUUCCAGGCGUUCGGCGCGGGGCCGCGCAACUGCAUCGGAAUGCGGUUCGCACAGAUGGAGAUGCGCCUCACGCUCGCACACGUACUGCGCAAGUACCGACUCGAGGCCACGCCCAACAGCGACAAGGACCCUGCAGAGAUCGAAAUGAACCCUCUGGUGUUGCGGAUCAAGAGAGGAGUGAACGUCAGGGUUGUGCCCAUCUAGAAAUGCAUGCAGCUGCCUUCGUCCCGUCAUGUAAAUACAUCUCGAACAGCUCAUUUCGCUUGUGCGCACCCGAACUCAUCUGUAAUAUAUACAAUGUUCAUAUACGAGUGCUUCUGCUUCUCAUUAUAUUAUUCCGUGCCAAUAAACUGGGUGUUCUCAACAA